CUUUAUAACGCCCUCCUCUCUCUCACCUCCACCACCUCACUCACACUGUCUCAGCUCACGCAUUGCAGAAGAGGACAGAGAGAGGAGAGAGGAGAGAGGAGAGAAUGGAGGGGAAGGAGGAGGACGUGCGCCUGGGGGCGAACAGGUUCUCGGAGAGGCAGCCGAUAGGGACGGCGGCGCAGGGCGCCGGCGACGACAAGGACUACAAGGAGCCCCCGCCGGCGCCGCUGUUCGAGCCCGGGGAGCUCAAGUCGUGGUCUUUCUACCGCGCGGGCAUCGCCGAGUUCGUCGCCACCUUCCUGUUCCUCUACAUCACCGUCCUCACCGUCAUGGGCGUCUCCAAGUCCCCCUCCAAGUGCGCCACCGUCGGCAUCCAGGGGAUCGCCUGGUCAUUCGGAGGCAUGAUCUUCGCGCUCGUCUACUGCACCGCCGGCAUCUCCGGAGGACACAUCAACCCAGCAGUGACUUUUGGGCUGUUCUUGGCCAGGAAGUUGUCCCUGACUCGGGCCAUCUUCUACAUAGUGAUGCAAUGCCUAGGGGCCAUCUGCGGAGCUGGCGUUGUGAAGGGCUUCCAGCAGGGACUCUACAUGGGCAAUGGUGGUGGUGCCAAUGUAGUUGCCAGUGGUUACACCAAGGGUGACGGUCUUGGUGCUGAGAUUGUUGGCACCUUCAUCCUGGUCUACACCGUCUUCUCGGCCACUGAUGCCAAGAGGAAUGCCAGAGACUCACAUGUUCCUAUCCUUGCCCCACUGCCAAUUGGUUUUGCGGUGUUCCUGGUCCACCUGGCCACCAUCCCCAUCACCGGUACCGGCAUCAACCCAGCCAGGAGCCUUGGCGCUGCUAUUAUCUACAACAGGGACCAUGCCUGGGAUGACCAUUGGAUCUUCUGGGUUGGUCCCUUCGUUGGCGCUGCCCUGGCCGCCAUCUACCACCAGGUGAUCAUCAGGGCGAUCCCGUUCAAGAGCAGGUCUUAAGCCGCGCCGCCGCCGCACGGCUCUGAGAGUCUGUGACACGCAACUUGAUGCAACGAAAUCGUGAUGUCCUGUUUCUCGCGUGCUGCUGUCGCGCAUCUGUCGAUUCCCUGUAUCUCCCCCUGGAUUGUUUUUUCCUAUCUAAACCCUGAACUCGUGUAAUCCAGUACUCAAAGUCAUGUAUGCUUUUUUAUGAUGGAGAUCUUAAAUUAUCAUCCGUUGCUGGAAA